UACAGCCGGUAAGAUACGUUUAAAGGCAAAGACCAAAUCAGCGCGGAAACAUACUCAAACACAAUAGCAAAGAUCCAUUGCUGUGGACGUCAAAAGUUUCGUCCGAGCUUGUUGUUGUUGCCGACGGCAUACUCAGAGUGGGCGGAUUCCUGUCAUUUUGAGAGACAAAGUCAAAGCAUCAUUAAUAGGAACACAUGCACUAUCAUCAGUUGUUUUUCUACGUUGGUGGACGUUGGUGGAAAAGACAAUACUCAAAGUCUCAAACUUUGCCUCACAGAAAAUAUCAUCCAACUGCAAUUCAUGCUAAAAAGAUAUGAAAUGUGAAACUUGGCUGUCACUGAAAAAAGCGUGAAGUCUCACGGAACGGAAGGUUCCUAUCUACAAUUCAUAACAUGAGCGUUAACAACACAUCUGUCCCUGAAGACUGUUAUCAACGGUUCUACGAGGAUACCGCAAUACGUUGGACGUUUCUGAUUAUUUUAUUGACGUUUAUGUUGUUAACUCUUAUCGGUAACAGUCUGGUAUGCUUGGCUUUGAUCGUGGACAGAUCUUUGCGAACACCAGCCAAUAUAUUCCUGGUUAACAUGUCGGUAGGCGAUAUUUUCGUGACAGGAACAAUCAUUUUUACGGACAUAGCCUACUUACUACAUUUUCCAACAUGGCGAUUGGGUUCGUUUGGGAAUUGGGUGUACAAUAUCGGUUUUAUUGCUCUCUUAAUUAUCCCGUUUUCGACGUUAGUUGCGGUGACGUGUGACCGUUACUUGAGUAUACUGCAUCCCUUCAGAUAUAUUCAACUUGUUACAAAAGAAAAAGCUGGAAUUUGUGUCGCAGUCAUAUGGAUUUACACUGGAAUCGUCAUCUCGUUAAUCAGUUUGUUUGUGUUCCAAAAAAAUGUAAGCGAUUCGGAGUGGCAGUUUAUGCUUCCAAUGAAUGGCUACUAUUUGGGGCUGCUUUUGUUUCAUACUUUUAUUCCACUUAUUAUAAUAAUUUUACUGUAUUCGAGAAUUUAUACAGUCGCACGGAGACACAGCAGACAGAUUAAUACGCUGGGUGCUCGUUUUGGUGACAAAGCCAAAGGUCUGAACGUACGACUCAUGAAAGCACAUUUAAAAGCAACAAGAACAAUUUUAAUUGUUGUAAUCGUGUUAGCCUUUUCCUGGCUGCCUUUCAUAGUUAACGAGACUGUGACCUUGUCUUUUCGGUAUGACAGCUGUACUAUUAAACAUCUCAGUGCAGUUACAAAUUAUGUGACUUAUUUAAACGGUGCUGUUAAUCCCUUCGUGUACUCGUUAAGGCAUAGAAGGUUUUUUCUCGUGUUUAAAAAGAUGAUUUGUUGCACCAGAGAUUAUAGAGCGGCAAGAAACGUUGUUCCUAGUAUGUCGGCUUAACCAAAAUGACAGACUUUAGUGAAAAAAGUGGAGUUCAAUAUGGAUAUAUAUAACUUAUAAUCAGGUUUCUACCUCAUUCAAUCACGAUAAAGAACAGAUUACCGUUAAGAACUGUUGAGAAUAAAUGGACAGAUAUAUAGCUGGAUUAAGAUAAUUCUCGACGCAAAACCUCACCGGCGAUGAGUGAAAACGUGGUGUAAAUAUCAACCACAUGUCAUUCAUAAUGAUUUAUAUUACAGCUUAUAGUUUAUAGAUUUAAAAAUUCUGAAAACAAUUGUCUGUUGAAAAAGAUAAAAAGCAAUAUAAAUACUCAGUGUUGUGCCUCUCAAAAAGACUUGUCAUGACAUAUACUGUAUUUUUC